AUUUUCUUCCGGAAGCUCAGCACAAUAACGGCACAGUGGUGGUCUGGGAAAUUCAAGGCGAGUUCUGAUUCCUGGCAGUGUCAAAAUUUCUCGAGAAUCCAAUUGCGAAUUUGUACGAACCAAGUAAAAUUUUGCUCGAUUUGCUUCAGAGAGAGAGAGAGAGAGAGGGGGGGAUAAUGAUGAUGAUGACGAUGAUGACGAUGACGAUGAUGGAGACAGAGAAGGAUGGCCGAGUUUCGAGGAAAGCCAAGGAGGGGCAUGAACAGAAGAAGGAUCGUUUCAGCAAACCGAGGAAGAGAAAAAAAGAAGAGUUUGAUCAUUUGCCAAACCAAACAUACAUAUAUAUCGUUUAUCAAAACACGAAAAGCAAUUAAGCAAAUACCGAAAUUGAAAAAAAAGGGAAAAAAAAACAACAAAAUAGGAACGAACCCUGAAUUCACUUUUUUUCUACGGCACAUACGACAGCAUCUACAAUUCCCGAAUCUCGUGGGUACCCAUCCAAGCAAGUUACUCUCCAAACAGUCCAGUCCUCCUUCAUUGAUUAUUCUUCCAUUGAUUUUCAAGCUUUCUCAUGAGAUAGGGUCCAAUUAAUAUAAACACCCACUUCUUUGCCAUUUGAUUAUUUGUUCAAUCAAUGCAUAAUGGUACAGUUUCUUCGAGUUUUCUUUGUUUCGUUCCACUUCCCAAUUUGUUUUUGUUUCUUUAUGCAGUUUGUCAAAAGGAAAUUUAAUUAUACCCCUUCUCUCUCUUGUCUCCUUUUUCCCUUGUUUUGAUGUUUUAGUUUGUGUUUGACCUUUCGAUGGUUGGAUUGUGUGGUGAUCUAUUCGUCACUGCACCAAAGCUGGCAGUCUCUAUUUUAGUGCCAUUUUUUUUAAAAAAAAUUUCGUUUGUUGGAUUUAGAGUCAAGAGAUAAAUAGAGAGAUUCUUAAAAGACACCGUUUUUAUUUAUAAAGUUCAAAAUUUUAUUGGGUGGUUGAUUCUUGAGGGCUAGGGCUUCAUGCUUUACCAUUACCAGUACAUUCGGUGCCUAUUUAUGAGAUUUGAGGCCACGGACUGACAGGGAUCGUCGAUCUUUCUUGAUUUCUUCGUCUGGGUAGUUCGAGUUCCUGAAUUUUGUCAUCUUGGUCUGGGUUUAAUUGUGCUGGAUGUUCUCGGUCGGAGAUUGUGUUUUGUUGAUGAUGAUUGGUCUUCAAUGAGGAGCUUUAUUGGUGCUGUUUUUGAAGGGAGUUUAUCUCCUACAAUACACUACACUGAGUUAUAAAGAUGUUUCAUGUUCAAGGAUCUUCAAAACACUCUUCUAGUCUCCUUGCCGUUUUGUGUGGGAGAAAUUUGGAGAAUGAGCAAAAACAAGAAACAGAGGGCAGUCCAAGAUACCGCUUUCCAGAGCUUGUUUCUUCGGGGCGUUUAGAGGUUCAAAUUCUUAGGAGUCCCAGUACAGAAGAGUUUCAAAGGAUUCUUGAUUCACUCCAGCCAAAUUUUGUGUACUUGCAAGGAGAACAACUUCCAAACGACGAAGUUGGAUCUCUGGUGUGGGCAGGUGUUGACUUGUGCACUGCUGAAGCUGUGGCUGACCUCUUUGGUACCACGUUACCAACCACAGUAUAUUUGGAGCUUCCAAAUGGAGAGAAGUUAGCAGAGGCUCUCCAUUCCAAGGGAAUUCCUUAUGUAGUAUAUUGGAAGAAUGCAUUUUUUCGCUGUGAUGCUUCCCAUUUUCGACAUGCAUUAUUUUCAGUGGUGCAGAGUUCUUCUAGCCAUACUUGGGAUGCUUUCCAGCUUGCACAUGCGUCAUUUAGGCUUUACUGUGUAAGAAGCAGCCCUGUCCUUCCAGGAAACAGCCAGAAAAGCAAUGAUCAAUUGGGUCCAAACCUCCUUGGGGACCCUCCUAAGAUCAAUGUUACUCCACCUGAGAUGGUUGCAGAAGAUGAUGAUGACAGUUCUUCUGAUGGUCUGCCUGCCAUAAAGAUAUAUGACGAUGAUGUGAACAUGAAGUUUCUUGUUUGUGGAGAGCGAUACGCAUUGGAUGACUUCAUAUUAGGAUCUUUGGAAGAUGGCCUUAAUGCCCUCUUGACUAUUGAAAUUCGGGGAAGUAAACUUCAUAACCGGGUCAGUGCUCUGCCACCACCUCUUCAGGCUGGCACAUUUUCUCGUGGUGUUGUCACCAUGAGAUGUGAUUUGUCAACUUGCAGUUCUGCCCACAUCUCACUUCUGGUGUCAGGUAGUGCACAGACUUGCUUUGAUGAUCAGCUCUUGGAGAACCACAUAAAGAAUGAAGUUAUUGAAAACAGUCGGCUAGUCCAUGCACGACCAAAUUGCGGGGAAAGCAAACAACCUUUGUCAGAACCGCGAAGAUCAGCUGCGAUAGCCUGUGGGGCAUCAGUGUUUGAAGUUUGCAUGAAGGUCCCUAUGUGGGCUUCGCAGGUUCUGAGGCAGCUGGCACAGGAUGUUUCAUAUCGUAGUUUAGUUGCACUUGGCAUUGCCAGCAUUCAUGGAUUAGCUGUUGCUUCAUUUGAGAAGGAUGAUGUGGAACGACUUAUUUUCUUCUGUAAUAGGCAGGGGAAAGAUCUCGGUCUAGGUAAUCCUUAUUUUAACAGCAGCGCUCCUACCUGGAUGAGACCGCCUGCACCUUCAAGAGAGAGAUUUGAAAUGUGCCACAAAGCAAGUCCAAUCUCUAGUAAUGGUUUUGUCUUUGGAAAUCAAGCUUCUGUCUGUGAGGUUAAGCAUACUGGAUUAACCAAUGGCUUCACCAUGUCUGUAAUACCUGGCAGACAAAAACGGAAAGUCACUGCAAUGAGGCCUGUUCCUCAUGUUCGUCACAAGAAAAUGCUGCCUUUUUCUGCCUCAGCUGUGGUGGAUGGGCAUGACGGAAGCCAAUUAAAGGCUAAUUUAUCAGUCGCUCCUUUGCCCAAGCACAGUUUAGCGGGAUCCAAUCCUGUUACGCAUCGAAAAACUAGUUUGAACUCACUUCAAGCUAAACAAAUUAUUUCAUUGAAUCCUCUACCUCUGAAGAAACAUGGUUGUAACAGAAGCCCUAUUCAUGUUUGCUCUGAGGAAGAGUUUCUCAAGGAUGUAAUGCAGUUUCUAAUCCUUCGUGGCCAUACACGUCUCGUUCCACAAGGUGGGCUUGCAGAGUUCCCUGAUGCUAUACUCAAUGCAAAACGCCUUGACCUCUUCAACUUGUACAGAGAGGUGGUUUCAAGAGGUGGCUUUCAUGUUGGCAAUGGCAUCAAUUGGAAAGGACAGGUUUUCUCGAAGAUGCACAAUCACACGGUGACCAAUAGAAUGACCGGUGUUGGGAACACACUAAAAAGACAUUAUGAAACUUACCUUCUGGAGUACGAAUUGGCACAUGAUGAUGUGGAUGGAGAGUGCUGCUUAUUAUGUCACAGUAGUGCUGCUGGGGAUUGGGUGAACUGUGGUAUAUGUGGCGAGUGGGCUCACUUUGGCUGUGACAGAAGGGCGGGCCUUGGUGCCUUCAAGGAUUAUGCAAAAACAGAUGGACUGGAAUACAUAUGUCCACAGUGCAGCAUUUCAAAUUUCAAGAAGAAACCCCCCAGAACUACAAAUGGUGGCUAGUCUUGAACACGUUACUAUUCCACCACCAGUUGGAUCGAGUUCCCCUGCCCUCGAUAAAUUUUCUCUCCUCUUUUGUCUCCAUGUGCGAAGCGCAAAAUUUGUUAAUUUGUUCAAUGAGUAGGUCUAGGUGUACAAUUUGUUCAAUGAGCGCGGGAGGGGAGGGGGGAGGGAACGGACAGGCAUGAAUGCUGGAGAAAAUGGAGAGAGCUGAUGAGGAGAGUAAAACAGCAGCAGCAGCAGUAGCAGGAGAGGAAGGCUUAGUUUGGGAUUUAGGAGUUGGGCUCCCUUCUAGUGAAGACGAAGGGUUGUUAUGUAAUAUCAUAUGUCCUUGUUACAAAUAUGUUGUUUUUGUAGAUUAAUGAAAACAACACACCAUUGGUAGUUUUGUUA